UUGAACUCUCCACCCACGGGCCUUGCUUUCGUUCUUUCUUCCACUCAAUCUCUUCGCCUUCUUCUUUGUUCUCUCUGAUCAGCUCCAAUGGCUCUGCAACUUUCUCUCUCUAACCCCCCCUCGCUCCGUUCCAACAGCGCUAGCAACUCCGCGCUCUCGAUCGCUUCCUCCUCUUCUUCCUCCUUGUCGCCGUCGCCGUCGAGGCCUUUGAAGAGCGUGAAGAUCGCCGGUCGGGCUCCGAGGAGCGGACUCGGCGCGGUGAGGUGCGGCGUGGACACGGCUGUUCCGGCGAUCGGGCAGGUGACGGAGGUCGACAAGGACAGCUUCUGGCCCAUCGUUGGGUCCGCCGGCGCCAAGACCGUCGUCCUAGAUAUGUACACCCAGUGGUGUGGGCCUUGCAAGGUGAUGGCUCCAAAAUUCCGAGAACUAUCUGAGAAGUACUCUGAUGUAAUCUUUCUAAAGCUGGACUGCAACCAAGAAAACAAGCCUCUUGCGAAGGAGCUCGGUAUAAGAGUAGUUCCUACUUUCAAGAUCCUCAAGGACAACAAGAUCGUAAAGGAAGUCACUGGGGCUAAGUUCGAUGACCUAGUGAUGGCGAUCGAGACAGUCAGAACGAGCUGAAUCCACUCUAUAGAAGAACUUUCAAUUACCACGACGAACUUCACAACUCGAAUAAUUGUUGUAUAAUUGUUGUACUCGCCUGUAUCUACUUGUAUCUAUGUCGACAAUCAGAGCUGAAGCUGAAAUGAACUGAAGUGCGGCCUUUCCGAGCGAUGUUGC